CAGCCCCGCAGCCUUCCGCCCGCAGCGCCGCCCGGCCGGGCAGGGCGCGCCAGGCCGUCUCAGCCAUGAGAAGCAGCAGUGCCUGGGCAUGGCAGGAACUGCUGGCCCUGCUCUGCAGCGUCUGGCUCUGGGUGUGCGCUGCCCAACGCAGCGGGCCCACUCCCACAGCACAGAGCCAGGGCCCCAAACUGAAGUUUCGCCUGGCUGGGUAUCCCCGCAAGCACAACGAGGGGCGCAUCGAGGUCUUCUACAAUGAGGAGUGGGGCACCAUCUGUGACGACGACUUCACGCUGGCCAACGCCCACGUGCUGUGCCGCCACCUUGGCUUCGUGGCCGCCACCGGCUGGGCCCACAGUGCCAAAUAUGGCAAAGGCAUUGGGCGGGUCUGGCUGGACAAUGUGAACUGCGGGGGCAGCGAGAAGAGCAUCGCGGACUGCAAGUCCCGGGGUUGGGGAAACAGUGACUGCAGCCACGAGGAGGACGCUGGCGUGAUCUGCAAGGACGAGCACAUCCCGGGCUAUGUGGACUCCAACGUCAUCGAGGCUGAGCAGAACCAGGUGGAGGAGCUCAGGCUGCGGCCUGUGGUCUCGGGUGCCAGGAAGCGGCUGCCGGUGACAGAGGGCGUGGUGGAGGUGCGCUACAAGGAGGGCUGGGCGCAGAUCUGCGACGAGGGCUGGAACCCCAAGAACAGUCGUGUGGUCUGCGGUAUGAUGGGCUUCCCGGCCGAGAAGAAGGUCAACAGGAACUUUUACAAGUUGUACCUGGAACGGCAGCAGCUCAGCUACCGGCUGCACUCGGUGGCCUGCAUGGGGAAUGAGGUGCACAUUUCCAUGUGCCCCUUUGAAUUCUACAAGGGCAACGCCACUGUGGCCUGCAAAGGCGGGAUGCCCGCUGUGGUGAGCUGCAUGCCAGGGCCCCUCUUCACCACUGGCAGGUCCCUGAAGAAGAAGCAGCAGCGGCAGCACCAGCCGGGCCAGCAGCGCGUCCGGCUGAAGGGCGGUGCCAAGGCCGGGGAAGGCCGGGUUGAGGUGCUGAAGAAUAGUGAGUGGGGCACCGUCUGCGAUGACCGCUGGAACCUGCUGACAGCCAGUGUGGUGUGCCGUGAGCUGGGGUUCGGCAGUGCCAAGGAGGCUUUGACGGGAGCACGCAUGGGCCAAGGGAUGGGGCCCAUCCACAUGAACGAGGUGCAGUGCACAGGCUCGGAGAAGUUGCUGUGGAGCUGCCCCUAUAAGAACAUCACGGCGGAGGACUGCAAGCACUCCGAGGAUGCCGGGGUCCGUUGCAACAUCCCCUACAUGGGCUACGAGACCACGAUUCGCCUGAGCGGGGGCCGGAGCCGCUUCGAGGGGCGGGUUGAGGUGGCGCUGGGCACUGGAAGCAGUGGUGGCCCCACCUGGGGCCUGAUCUGUGGCGAUGGCUGGGGCACCCUGGAGGCCAUGGUGGCUUGUCGCCAGCUGGGCCUGGGAUUCGCUAACCAUGGCUUACAAGAGACGUGGUACUGGGAUGCCAGCAACGUGACGGAGAUGGUGCUGAGCGGUGUGAGGUGCGCUGGCCACGAGAUGGCACUGAGCCACUGCCAUCACCACAGAAACAGCCUCAACUGCAAGAGGACGGGCACUCGCUUCGCCGCUGGGGUCAUCUGCUCCGAGACUGCCUCGGACCUGCUGCUGCACGCCCCGCUGGUCCAGGAAACGGCCUACAUUGAGGACCGACCCCUGCACAUGCUGUACUGUGCCGCGGAGGAGAACUGCCUCUCCAGCACUGCCCGCAAUGCCAACUGGCCCUACGGGCACCGCCGCCUGCUGCGCUUCUCCUCCCAGAUCCACAACAACGGCCGCGCCGACUUCCGCCCCAAGGCCGGGCGCCACUCCUGGGUCUGGCACGAAUGCCAUAGGCACUAUCACAGCAUGGACAUCUUCACCCACUACGACCUCCUGACCCCCAAUGGCACCAAGGUGGCCGAGGGCCACAAGGCCAGCUUCUGCCUGGAGGACACGGAGUGCCAGGAAGACGUGGCCAAGCGGUACGAGUGCGCGAACUUCGGAGAGCAGGGCAUCACCGUGGGCUGCUGGGACCUGUACAGGCACGACAUUGACUGCCAGUGGAUCGAUAUCACCGACGUCCAGCCUGGCAACUACAUCCUGCAGGUAUGUGGGGGGCGGACAGAGGCUGCUGCGCCCUCCCCAUGUGUACGUGGGCAGCCGUCAGGUACCUGGAGCCUCAGCUGCAGGUGCCUCUUCUCUGCCUCCCACUUCCUAGCCCAUCAGAGCUUGCUUUGCAACAUGUGGGUAAUGUGUGUGGAGCGGCUGUGCGCGUGAGCGGGGUUGGGUGUGAGGGGAGGGGUGGUGUCUGGGCUGAGAUGGGCCAGGCUCAGCUAGAUGAGUUUAUUGGUAGGUGCUGUCCUAGAGCUGAGGUUGCAUUUAGUUUGGGGCACAAUGGGGCCGUGGUAUCCUCUCCUGUGGCAGUGAGUUCCACAGUCCAGGCCUGGCCUCCAGGGCAGUUGUCUCCCACUCUCACCACCUUGGGCUGCCAGGGUCAGUGUCCCUGCAAUGCAGCUGUCACAGGCCAUCAGGGAGGGUUCCCCAGGGCAGUGUGGCCAGCAGCCUGGCUCUGUACUCAGUGGGGAGGCUGUGCAGAGCCUGGCCCUGUGGGGAAUGUGGGCCCAGCGUCCUGUGCUGCUGGGUGUGCACCAGGCGGAGCUUUCUCAGGCCAGGG